UAUGGGACAGUUUGACCACAGUAAGUUGACAAAAGCUAUGGUCGGACAGUUUGACCACAGUAAGUUGACAAAAGCUAUGGUCGGACAGUUUGACCACAGUAAGUUGACAAAAUCUAUGGGACAGUUUGACCACAGUAAGUUGACAAAAGCUAUGGUCGGACAGUUUGACCACAGUAAGUUGACAAAAGCUAUGGUCGGACAGUUUGACCACAGUAAGUUGACAAAAUCUAUGGGACAGUUUGACCACAGUAAGUUGACAAAAGUUAUGGGACAGUUUGACCACAGUAAGUUGACAAAAGUUAUGGGACAGUUUGACCACAGUAAGUUGACAAAAGCUAUGGGACAGUUUGACCACAGUAAGUUGACAAAAGUUAUGGGACAGUUUGACCACAGUAAGUUGACAAAAGUUAUGGGACAGUUUGACCACAGUAAGUUGACAAAAGUUAUGGUCGUACAGUUUGACCACAGUAAGUUGACAAAAGCUAUGGUCGGACAGUUUGACCACAGUAAAUUGACAAAAGCUAUGGUCGGACAGUUUGACCACAAAAAUGGCAUGGUCGACUUUGCUGAUUUCCUGGCUCUGAUGGCGACUACACUCAGUAAGAAAGAAUCUCCCGAUGAACUUCUGCAAGCUUUUCAGGUGUUUGACCGUGACGGCAACGGCUACAUCUCGGCUGCUGAGCUGCGUCACGUGAUGACCAACCUGGGGGAGAAGCUGAGCGACGAGGACGUGGAGGAGAUGAUACGGGAGGCGGACAUCGACGGCAACGGGCAGGUCAACUACACAGAGUUUGUGAGAAUGAUAACAAGCUGAUGUGGAGACAAUGGUGCAGUGUGUAGUGUGUUACGGUGUGUUAGGUGUGUUGCAGUGCGUUACGGUGUGUUGCAGUGUGUACCCUUCAUGGAAGCUUCUGGAAGCUGGUGUACGUUAAUGCUGGCUGACCGCUUGAAGGAACUUUAUUGGCCAAAUGUUUAUGGUCCAAGUUUGUUUCAACUUACCAUGUUUUGUUCUAGCGAACAAUCGGAUACUGAUCAAUUAUUAAAGUAGUUUUUCCAAGAA